AUGUGCCGGGGCGCGGCCUGCUCCCUGGACCCGCACCGGAGGGGCCCCUUCGACUGGGGAGGACAUGUGCCCAGCUUCCUGGGGCGCGGAAACGUGGAAAACCACCUGGAGAAAGGCAAAAAACCCCCCAGGCUUCCCCAGGACGUGACGCCCCUUGGAGGCGGAGACCUUUGGCCGGGGACAACCGUGCCCCCCUUCCCGGGAACGCUUUUCCCCCAGGUUCCAGGGCAAUCCACGACCGACCCUGGGGCCGCGGGGAACCCGGCCCGGGCCCCUGAAAUCCCGAAAGGGGGCCCAGGCUGGAAGCGGGGCCGGGCCCUAGCGGCGACCCCCAGAAAAAAGUCGGGGCGGGAAGGUUUGGUCCCCCGAAGCCGGAAUUUGGCCUUUCCUGCACCAGAGGCCCUUGCCCGCCGCCCUCCCGCAAGCCCUGCCGAUGCCAAUGCAGAGCACGAGCAGCCGGACAUCCCCCACCUGCGGUCCCCCCCUCCCCCUGGUUUAGAUCCACAAAGUUUCCCCACAGCCGUGACAAUGGAUAAAGUGACUUUAGAACACGCUAAUUCCACCCUUUCAUCCAAAUCAUCAUCCCAGGUGGCUAACGCCCGACGGGGGCCCGCAAUGGCCGCCAUCCACCCUUUCGCUUCCAGCCCACGAGGAUCCCCUCGAGGGGAGUCCCCCCCCCCCCACGAGGCAGGCAACACGGCCCCCCCAUCUCUAAAUUUCCCUUGUGGCAGAUCUCGUUCCCCCGAGCUGCCCCAAGCCAUGAUUCUCCUAGGUCGUCCCCCAACAGUUCUCCCUCCACCCAGGUCCCCUCAUGGUGUUAACCGCUGGUUGGUUGGACACGUGGGUUCCUUUGCCAACUGUAACCCCAUUGAUCCCGGCGAAGGGAACUUUGUGGUUUUACAGAAGGCAAUCAAGGGCCGAAGCCCUCCCAAGACACUGGGAUAG